AUGGACUACUGUCAUGGAGGCAGCCUUGCUGCAAAGAUCAAAGAGAUGAGUGAGCCUCCACAAGAGUGUAAGUUCUCAGCAGAGACUCCAAUUCAGCUGAUACCCAAGAUUCUUGGUGGUUCAUGCCCCCCUCUACCAGAGACGUUCUCACCAGAUCUUUGUCAACUAUUGAAUGAUAUACUAAAAAGAGAUCCUCGAUCAAGACCAACAGCCAGUGAGAUCCUGGGGCGUCCUUUUAUUAUCAGCUGUCUCUUAGAAAAGAACACAAAAACUGUGAAGGACCUCCAGACCAGGUUGGACAGGCUAAAGGCCGUGGCUGACGGUUUGGAACAUGUACAUCACGGCACCACCACUGGCAGUCUGACAGGAGGAGUGAUUGGAGCAGUGGGAGGGAUUACAUCCAUAGUGGGCCUAAUACUGGCCCCCUUUACUUUGGGAGCCUCUCUUAUUGUCACUGGGGUUGAAAUAGGGGUGGGUGCGCUUGGUGGGGUCACUGCUGGUGCCUCAAAUAUCACUAAUAUGGUCAAUCAGUCUUCUGAUCGCAAAGCUGUUCGAUACAUCAUUAAAAAGAUUGAACAGAAAAUGAAUGCAGUUGUCACCUGGCUCCAGGAGAUUAGCAACAGUUUACAGACGAUCGGGAAUUUAUGUCAAAAACUUGAGGAUAGCAGUGAAGAUAACCUGUUAAAGCUCGGAUGCAGAGCAGGGAAAGGCCUAGCUGGCAUUGCUGAAUUGGUUCGACUUGUUCAGGUGAUGAACGUUGGCAAGAUUGUAGCACAAGCAUCCAGGGUUGUACGUGUGGCAGAGGCAGCAACAGGUGUUCUUGCUGGUUUAUUUGUGGCAGUGGAUGUCUUCUUCAUUGCUAUGGAUGCAAAAGAGAUACACUACAUUAAGCAGGCAAAGGAAGCAGAGAAAGGAGGCAAAACUGGCUCAAAGUCAGUGUCUCAGACAUCAAACGCACAGGACCAGUCUUCCCAAAAUACCGCUCCAAUCAGAUCUGAGAUCAUGAAAUUUGUCCGAUCAAUCAGGCAGGCAGCAGACAACUUGCAGGAAGUCUUAGAUGAGCUCAAAAGCUGCAUCAAAUCCAUCCCCACACUUAGAGAUGACAAUGAGCUGGAAUGGAAAGAUAUGGAAUUAAUGUAA